AUGUCAUCCUCUGACCAAUCCAAUUUACAAGAAUUGAUUGCCAAUGCCCGGCUAGAGGCUCAGCAAUUAAAAGAAAAAAUUACGACACAGAAAAAGUUAAUUAAUGAUGUAAACAUGAAAGAUUUGGAUAUUGCUGAAGUCAAUCCUCCAAAAUUGAAAGAACGAAGAGUAUUUAAAGGACACUCGUCAAAAAUUGCUGCUUUGGCUUGGUCGAAAGAUUCGAAACAAAUUCUUACGGCUGGACAAGAUCGAAUGCUCAUUUUGUGGGAUGCCAUGACUACUUAUAAAUUGAGUGCAAUUCCAUUAACAAGUCGUGGCAUUAUGUGCUGUGAUUACAGUCCGAGUGGAAAUUAUGUUUGUGUGGGUGGUUUGGACAAUACUUGUUCGAUUUUUUCACUUGCUGUGGUGGCUCAACAAUUACAAAAUUCAUCAAAUGAGUACAAACCAUACAGACAACUCGUAGGACAUACUGGAUAUUUGAGUGAUUGUUUAUUUACUAGUGAUCGUCACAUGUUGACAAGCUCGGGAGAUCAGAGUUGCAUUUUCUGGGAUAUUGAAAUGACUCAUGCUGUCACACACUUCCAAGAACACACCGGAGAUUGUAUGUCAAUUUCUGUUUCACCAACAAGUGACAGUAACGUUUUUGUGAGCGGUUCUUGUGAUGGAACAGCAAAAUUAUGGGAUAUUCGAAUGAAUAAGUGUGUAGCCACAUUCACAGGUCACGAAGGUGAUAUUAACUCGGUUCAAUUCUUCCCAAAUGGACAUGCAUUUGCCACUGGGUCUGAUGAUUGUACUUGUAGAUUAUUUGACAUUCGUGCUGGACGAGAAGUCAUGACCUAUUCGGAUGAUAAUGUCAGAGAAGGUGUGACUUGUAUUAGUUUUAGCAAAUCAGGAAGAAUCUUAUUUGCAUCGUAUGAAGACAAGAAAGUCAUUGCUUGGGAUACCUUGAAAGGAACUAUUUUACAGAGUCUUGAUGGUCUUCCAAAUGGACACGAUAAUCGUGUGAGUUGUUUGGCAGUGUCACCUGAUGGUCAUGGCCUAGCCACAGGUUCAUGGGAUACCACCAUGAAGAUUUUUGCUUAA